AAAUCAUGGAUCGGAAAAGACGUCUAGCAUUGCUCCUAUUACUACGUCACCGCCGAAAUCGACGCAAGAUCACAAGACGGUACUGGAUCAGUCCUUUCAUUUCAUUAAGAAAUCGUGAUGGACAGUUUUUUUUUUUAGAAUAUCGGGAGUUGCUAUUAGACGAAAAGAAGUUUUAUAAUUUUUUUAGAAUGAGUGUAUCCAGCUUCGAAUGUUUAUUGAAGUCCUUAGAACCACACAUACGAAAAAACUAUACUAAUAUGAGGAAUCCAGUGGAACCAGUAGAAAUGCUGGGAAUCACUUUAAGAUACCUAGGAAGUGGAAAUUCAAUAACUGAUUUACAUUUCAAAUUCAAACGGGGAAAAUCUACUAUUGCAUAUAUAAUACAAAGAGUUUGUCGUGCUAUAUGGACCAAUCUUCUUCGAGACAACAUCCCUGAACUGACAACUGAAAGUUUCCAAACAAUAGCGAGGGGUUUUGAUGUAAAGGCAAAUUUUCCUCAAUGUGUUGGUGCCAUCGACGGCAAACAUAUCCGCGUGUGUAAUCCUGCAAAUAGUGGCUCACUUUUUUUUAAUUAUAAAGCCUUUUUUUCGAUUGUGUUGCUAGCUAUUGUGGAUUCAAAUUACAAAUUCGUAUUUGUCGACAUCGGUGCAUACGGAAAAGAAUGCGAUUCAACCAUAUUACAAAAUUCUAAACUGUACGAGCUAAUGAUUAACAACAACUUACCACUACCUCAACCCCAGCCACUCUCUGGUAGCAAUAUACCAACCCCGUAUGUAUUUGUGGGUGACGAAGCUUUUGGACUGAGCAAACAUAUUAUGCGUCCAUAUGGCGGUCAAAAUCUCGACUUACAACAAAAGGUUUUCAAUUACCGUCUAAGCAGAGCCAGAAGAUAUGUCGAAUGCGCUUUUGGGAUUAUGGCUAACAAAUGGCGCAUUUUUCACAGACCGAUAGACGUGUCCUAUGACUUCGCUACUGACAUUAUAAAAGCAUGUUGUGUAUUACACAAUUUUGUCGCUGAUCGAGAUGGUUUUAGACAAAGAGAUAAAUUUGCUAUAAGUGUUGAUGAAUUUCUCCCAAUACAACCCGUACAUGAAGAACAGACAGCACCGAAUGUCAUAAGACAGCAAUAUGCGACCUAUUUUAUGACUAGAGGAACUCUGCCUUGGCAGCUAAAUAAGCUGUGAAAUUCUCGUAAUCAGGAAAUAAAACUUUUGAUAUGUCUUCCCAGG